GUGCUGAACUUGGAAAGAAAAAAAACAUGCGUGAAAUGUCUUUGUUGUUUAGCAAUAGGGUCCACUUUAUAGAAACUCCAAGUUGCAUUGAAAGCGUGGAACCACCUCCAAACUUGCAACAACUUGCGCUAACUCGCUGUCCAGGAAACGAGUUACCAAGUUGGCUUGUGACGACGUCUCUUGUCAAUAACUUGACGAAGCUAAUUAUCAAUGAGGCCUACAAUAUCUCAUCCUUGCCUGCCUUGUGGAAGUUGUCGUCCCUAGAAGAACUUGGGCUCAUUGGAGUGGGAAAGCUAGAAUGUUUGAGUAAGGCAUUCUUUGGAAUUACAAAAGCAGUGCAUGAGAAUAGUCAUGAAACUUUUGAUGCAUUGUCAAACUCUGAGCCAUCAUCCUUAACUGAAGCAGUAGCAUUUCCGAAUUUGAGAAAAUUACGAUUUUCUUACUUCCAAAAUUGGACAAAUUGGGAAGACUUAAGUGAAGAUGAUGAAGAACUUGCUAUCUCUAUCAUGCCACAUCUGGAGGAGCUAAAAAUUUAUGAUUGUGAAAAGGUUGAAAUUUUGCCACAUCGCAUCCUCGGAAGGAUAUCAUCUCUCAAAACAUUGGAUAUUCGGAAUUGCUUCAAGUUGAGUGAUCGUUACUCUAGUAAAACAGGAGAUGACUGGAUAAAGAUAUCACACAUUCCUCGAGUUGACAUAUCUGAUGAAUAUUAAUCCGCUCAGAUAAUACUCGUUGAUGGCCCAAAAUUGAAGCUACAGCAGGAGGCAUUGGAGGAUCAAUCCCUACGGCAACUUUUCACUUAGGUGCAUUUAAAAUUCAAAUAAUUGCAAAUAUGGUUGAAGAGCCACAUCCAUAUGCUUUGUUUAGAA